AUGAAGCGCUCGCCAUCAACCGUCUGCUUCCAAAGCACGUUGCCCACCCCGCCGAGAAACCCCUGUACCCAUGAAGCGGUCUUCUUCGGCAAUGUGGACUCAUCUGGUAUAAAACACAACAUUUUUAACCCUCCAAUUAUUGCUCGGUACAUCCGUUUGCACCCAACUCAUUAUAGCAUCCGCAGCACUCUUCGCAUGGAGUUGAUGGGCUGUGACUUAAACAGUUGCAGCAUGCCGUUGGGAAUGGAGAGUAAGGCAAUAUCAGAUUCACAGAUCACUGCCUCGUCCUACUUCACCAGUAUGUUUGCCACCUGGUUGCCUUCACAAGCCCGACUUUACCUCCAAGGGAGGGCUAAUGCCUGGAGACCUCAGGUGAAUGAUCCAAAAGAGUGGCUGCAAGUGGACUUCCAGAAGACAAUGAAAGUCACAGGAAUAACCACCCAAGGAGCAAAAUCUCUCCUCACCAACAUGUAUGUGAAGGAGUUCCUCAUUUCCAGCAGUCAAGAUGGCCAUCGCUGGGCUCUCUUUUUUCAGAACGGCAAAGUAAAGGUUUUUCAGGGAAAUCAAGACUCCUUCACAGCCGUGGUGCACUCCCUGGAUCCACCGCUGCUGACUCGCUACCUUAGAAUCCACCCCCAGAGCUGGGCGCAGCACAUCGCCCUGAGGCUGGAGGUUCUGGGCUGUGAAGCGCAGCAGCUGUACUAGGGGUGGCCCUGCAGCCCGGCCCGGCCCGCCGCCCGUCCUCACGCAGGGCCCGGCCUCCAGAUGACCUCCUGCCCCACACCGGCCACGGCGCCGUCAUUUUUCUAAGUAUUUAACCUGUACAGUUCUGGCAGACACUGCCCUGAAGCUUCCCACAUUGAUUGUCCUUAAUCCCGUGUUUCUGGAGGGCGUUGCGUGCCAUGUAACUCCGGCCCAUUCUCUGCAGCUGCAGUCAGUGCAGCUGGUCCCUCCUUCCUGUGGAACUAGGCAGAAGGCGCUGGAGAGAAACCCGCGUGGAAAGCCAGGUCUCUCACAGAGCCACCAUUUCCUCUGUUGUACAAAAACAAUGUGUUUUAAAGUUGGCAUGAUGUAAACGUUUCAGAUUAAGCUUUAUACAUUUAAAAUAAAACUCUCACUUUAUUAUCCUGGUCAAACAUGGAACAAAACAUGUUUUGAGAUCAUGUCAACACAACCUUGGAGUCAAAAUGCACGUCAGUUUGACAAUCUGUGAAAUGGAGAUAAAAGAACGACCACAUCAAAAUUUAUUUUUGCCACCUUAUAGGUAGAUAUGAUUCUCUUAUUUAGUCAUCUUGGGACAUUGUUACCUCAAAAACCAGUAUUCUUAAACUGAGGCUCUUAGGUGAGGUUCAGAAGCCCGUAAAUCCCCUGAAAUGAUAUACAGCAUUCUGCAUGAAUGCAUGUGUGCAUUUUCCUGACAAGAGCGUCCACAGAUUUAAAAAGAUUUUUAAAGGGGAGUUCAAUUUAUUCUCAGAAGGAUGCAGAAAUAAAGCCAUUUGGUCUUAAUUCUAACCAACAUAAAAAUAGGUCAGGGGUAUGGAAUUAUUGGGAACCUCAAAAUAAAAUGACAAUGUCCUCUUGAAAUUUGUGGUGGCUGAGAAAGGUAAUGAGGAUAAUAGGCUUCCAAAGGACAUAUUUUUAAUAUUUCUGUGGAAAAAUGAGAAAACUACAUGGCUGUCUUUAUAAGAGAUACAAGCUUUGUAAUUCUAAUAAAGCACUUAUUUUAUUCCAUCCUUCACCUGAUCCUGCUGAAACAACAUAACAGAAAUGUGCCAGGGAUCAUUUUUUACCAUGACUGAAAACGAGAGUCCCACUUACAUAGCGGAAAUAUCAAAGAGUCAGAAGAAAAUUGAACUGGCAAAAACAGAGAAAAAACAUUCCAGUCUGCCACGUCCACCACGCGAGAGGAGCCCACACCUCGCCCCACCCCCAUAACGUUGUGACAGGUUUACCGCUCCUUCCAUCCGCCUGUCCCCUGCACUGUGACUACACAAACAUCUCCUGAUGGUAAAGGGGACUAGAGGAAACGAUAAGCCAUAGAGCAGUUGGACGAAGCAUCCAAAGUUUGCAACCCCGAGCAAUUUGAAAACAGGAGUCCCUAAUAUAAGAGAAAAAUGUAUCCCGGUCUCAGAAAAGGCUAGAGAAAGGCUGCUUUUUUUCCAUGCUAGAGCAUUUUCUAUUAAUCUUGCUUGACUCUGCUCUGCAGACCCAACUGCUGAAGGUGCAAAUGAUUUAUAGUCCUAUAAAGUUCAGCAAGGUAAGAGGUUAACUUAAGAAAUCAAUAAGUUGUUUUGUCAUAUAGCCUGAUGCAGGAGUUAACCCCAAAGACGAUAUGGUCUCAUUUCCUGUAAAAGGUUAACCACUCUUAUGUCUAACCUAAUAAUUUUUUUUUGGCAUUCUUUUCUCAUAGACUAUAUCCAUCUGUAUUUCUCAAAUGUUCUUGGAACCAGCUCUUUUGUCUUCCUGCUGUUUUCCUCAGUAAUGACUUAAAUAAAACAUUGACAUAUACAAACAAA